AUGGAUUAUGCAUCACUUCCUCAUCCAUCCCAGCCAGCCGAUGAUGCCGCUGAUGAUAACUUACGUAUUCAGCACUUGUUGACCGCUCCAGAAAUACACACGGCGCAAUCUCCCAGCAGCUCCGUUUUGGUACCACCGCCUUCAUCAUCCUCCUCUACACCCCAGCAUCGUUACCGUCAUGACCUUGUUAUUCCGUCACCAGUUACGUCCACACUGUGCUAUCGUCGUUCUCCAACGUCCAUCGAGCUCAUCAGUAGCGCUGCUACCACAACCGCAACUCGCAACAGUACUGCAGCCACUGCUGCUGCUAUCACUAGUCCACUGUCCACAUCCUCAUCAUACUGUUAUUAUCCACAGCUUUCCGAUCCGUUCUAUGGCGGUUUGCCGAGUUCCUCGGGCGCCGCGUUUGGGUCGACGUGUGGUGCGUUCGAUUCAUUCAACAGUAGCAGUAAUAUCAGUGCUGGGAUUGCAUCGCAACAAAAUUUCCACUGUAUCGGCUCGAUGAAUUUACCGCCACCGUUACCAUUUCUAAAUAUCAUUGGUGAGCAACAGUCGUUGACCAGGGAAGUAAUGGAGGAUUAUUUGAGUAAUCGUCCAAAAUAUGACUGCAUCGUGAGCAUAUUUCAUGCUAAAGUGGCGCAAAAAUCUUAUGGCAAUGAAAAAAGGUGCCAAAAUCUUUCGCGUGGAACCGAAUGGUGCAAAAUUCAGCUUCGAAUGAAGGAGGAAAGUUUAACCGGAGAAUUAUUAUAA